CCGAAUUGGCGCUCAGUAUCAUCAGCAGACGAUGCAGCUUUUACACUUAUGAAUUAAACUGAAAUUACAUGCAAUAGACUUCUCUAAUACAGGUUGUUAAAAACAAUUAACAAAAAAUGGUACUCGAGUUAUUUGAAGAUAACAACUUAGUGAAAAUUUGUGCCCCGAUGGUGCGCUACUCGAAGUUACCCUUUCGUCUUCUAGUAAGAAAAUAUGGCUGUGACUUGGCUUUCACUCCUAUGAUCAUUUCAGAUUCAUUCAUUCAAGCCCCCAAAGCAAGGGAUAUUGAGUUCACUACCUGUGACGCUGACCAGCCAUUGAUUGUUCAAUUUGCUGCCCAUAAUGCCACUGACUUUGCAACUGCCUCUGAACUGGUGGCAAAAAAUUGUAAUGGGGUUGAUUUGAACUGUGGAUGUCCUCAAAAAUGGGCAAUGCAACAGGGUUAUGGAGCCUGCUUAAUUAACAAGCCAGAACUUCUUCGUGAUGUAGUCCUGCAGACACGCAAUAGAAUUCCUUCAAAUGACUUCACAGUUUCCAUCAAAAUUCGCAUUCACUCUGACAUCAGAAAAACUGUUGAGUUAUGUCAACAAGUGGAAGCUGCAGGCCUUUCUUUCCUUACUGUGCAUGGUAGAACAAAAGACCAGAAAUCAGAUCCAGUAAACCUGGAGGCUGUAAAAUUGAUAAAACAAAGUGUUAGAGUACCAGUAAUAGCCAAUGGAGAUAUUUGUAGCAUUCGGGAUGCUGAAAAUGUUCAACGAGAAACUUGCGUUAAUGGUGUAAUGGCAGCGAGAGGCAUCCUAGAAAAUCCAGCUAUGUUUGCUGGAUUCUCUGAAACUCCCAUAGAGUGCAUCAAAGACUGGAUAAAGCUUGCCUUGGAGACUGGCGUCUCCUUUACGCAUUUCCAUCACCACUUGAUAUAUAUGUGCGAAAAGAACAUGUCACGAGUGGAUAGGAGAUAUUUCAAUGCACUUUCCAGUACCACUGCCGUGAUCGACUAUAUGGAAAACUAUUUGUCUCUAUGUGAAUAAAUUUUGAGCUGCAACAUAGUGGCUGGCGUUUA